UUUUUUUUCAUCUCUAUUGAUCUGUAGAUUAUUAUUUUUUCAUCUCUCUGUAAUAAGGUUGAUAUUCAGUGAUGGCUGACAGUCAUGAUAAUGAUAAGAAUAUCGAGAUAUGGAAGAUCAAGAAACUUAUAAAGGCACUUGAAGCUGCUCGAGGCAAUGGUACCAGCAUGAUUUCUCUAAUCAUGCCUCCACGGGAUCAAGUAUCUAGGGUCACUAAGAUGCUUGGAGAUGAGUUCGGAACUGCAUCAAACAUCAAAAGUAGAGUGAAUCGUCAAUCUGUGCUGGGUGCAAUCACAUCUGCUCAGCAGAGACUUAAACUCUAUAACAAGGUUCCCCCAAAUGGGCUUGUGCUUUAUACCGGAACAAUCAUAACUGAAGAUGGGAAAGAGAAGAAGGUUACAAUUGAUUUUGAGCCCUUCAGGCCCAUUAAUGCAUCUCUAUAUCUUUGUGAUAACAAGUUCCACACAGAAGCCUUGAAUGAGCUUUUGGAAUCCGAUGACAAGUUCGGGUUUAUUGUGAUGGAUGGGAACGGGACACUUUUUGGGACAUUGAGUGGCAAUACCAGGGAGGUCCUUCACAAGUUUAGUGUUGAUCUGCCCAAAAAACAUGGAAGAGGAGGUCAGUCUGCUCUGCGUUUUGCUCGUCUUCGAAUGGAAAAACGUCACAACUAUGUGAGGAAAACAGCCGAGCUUGCAACCCAGUUCUAUAUUAAUCCUGCCACCAGCCAGCCCAACGUUUCAGGUCUGAUACUAGCUGGAUCAGCUGACUUUAAGACGGAGCUUAGCCAGUCUGAUAUGUUUGAUCCUCGUCUUCAGGCAAAGAUUUUAAAUGUGGUUGAUGUUUCUUAUGGAGGGGAAAAUGGUUUCAACCAAGCAAUUGAGCUGUCUGCUGAGGUCUUGGCCAAUGUGAAAUUUAUACAAGAGAAGAAGUUGAUAGGCAAAUAUUUUGAGGAGAUCAGUCAGGACACCGGGAAAUAUGUUUUUGGGAUUGAUGAUACCUUGAAAGUUCUGGAAAUGGGUGCUAUUGAGACCCUUAUUGUGUGGGAAAAUCUGGACAUUAAUAGGUAUGUGCUAAAAAAUAACACUUCCGGAGAAACAAUCAUCAAACACUUGAACAAGGAGCAAGACACUGUCCAAAGUAACUUCCGUGAUCCUGAUACAAAUGCUGAAUUAGAAGUUCAGGAUAAAUUGUCACUACUUGAGUGGUUUGCGAAUGAGUACAGGAGAUUUGGUUGUAGUUUGGAGUUUGUUACCAACAAAUCACAGGAAGGAUCUCAGUUUUGCCGUGGUUUUGGUGGCAUUGGAGGAAUUCUCCGCUACCAGCUUGAUGUUAGAGCUUUUGAUGAACUUUCUGAUGAUGGUGAAGUUUACGAAGAUUCUGAAUAGCAAUUAAGUAACUUCACAAAUACCAGUGCAGGAGUGGAGCAGGAAGCCUGUACUGGUGCGCGAGGGCUCUCACCU